GCUCUGGAUGAGCCCGUUUAGAACAGCCAGAGAUAGAAGAGAGACCAGGAGUGGUUGCUCUUGUGUAAUCCCAUUCAAGUGUCGGUAUCUGUUGCCAAAUACUGAAAGAGAAGCCAGUUCCAGCUGAUCACCAUAAAAGCUUUCCCAGCACUUGUGGCUUGGGAGGCUGCGGAAGCAGGGCAGACUGAGAAAUGUGUGGGAAGGAUGCGUGAGAGACCACCCCUGUAAGGUCGUUAACCUGCUUAGAGAAAAGCAGUGGAUCUGCGACUGGAUUUCGGAGUCCCAGCACUGGCACACCUCUGAGAAUUCCCACGUGCCCCGAGGAGCCGGUGAGGAUCGAGAGCAUGUCUGCUUUCAGGUUGUGGUCUGGCUUGCUCAUCCUGCUGGGUUCUGUCUGUCCUAGAGGUUCAUCAUGUGGCAUUUCAACACACAUUGAAAUAGGACACAGAGCCCUGGAGUUUCUCCAUCUUCAAGAUGGGCGUGUUAACUACAAAGAGCUGUUACUAGAACACCAGGAUGCGUAUCAGGCUGGAGCCGUGUUUCCUGAUUGUUUUUACCCUAGUAUCUGCAAAGGAGGAAAAUUCCAUGAAGUGUCCGAGAGCACUCACUGGACUCCGUUUCUUAAUGCAAGCGUUCAUUACAUCCGAGAGAACUAUCCUCUUCCCUGGGACAAGGACACAGAGAAAUUGGUAGCUUUCUUGUUUGGAAUUACCUCUCACAUGGUGGCUGAUAUCAGCUGGCAUAGCCUGGGCAUUGAGCAAGGAUUCCUUACGACGAUGGGAGCUAUUGAUUUUCAUGGCUCUUAUUCUGAGGCUCAUUCGACUGGUGAUUUUGGAGGAGAUGUGUUGAGCCAAUUUGAAUUUAAUUUUAAUUACCUCUCACGGCGCUGGUAUGUGCCUGUCAAAGAUCUAUUGGGAAUUUAUGAUAAACUUUAUGGUCGAAAAGUCAUCACCAAAAAUGUAAUUGUUGAUUGUUCACACCUUCAGUUCUUGGAAAUGUAUGGUGAAAUGUUGGCUGUUUCCAAGCUUUAUUCUACUUACUCUACUAAGUCCCCGUUUUUGGUAGAACAAUUCCAAGAGUAUUUCCUUGGAGGACUUGAUGAUAUGGCGUUUUGGUCCACUAAUAUCUACCGUCUAACAAGCUUCAUGUUAGAGAAUGGGACCAGUGACUGCAGCCUACCUGAGAACCCUCUGUUCAUUGCAUGCGGUGGCCAGCGAAACAAUACCCAGGGCAGCUCAAAAGUACAGAAGAAUGAUUUUCACAGAAAUGUGACUGCAUCCCUAACUAAAGAUAUUGAAAGAAGCAUACACUAUACUGAAAGAGGAGUGUUCUUCAGUGUGGAUUCCUGGACCCCGGAUUCCAUAUCCUUUAUGUACGAGGCUUUGGAAAAGAACUUAAGGACAAUGUUUACAGGUGGCUCUCAGGAUUCACGGAAGCAUGUCUCCAAUCCCUCAGCGUCUUACUUCUUGUCAUUUCCCUAUGCACGGCUUGGGUGGUCAAUGGCCUCGGCUGACCUCAACCAGGAUGGGCAUGGUGACCUUGUGGUGGGCGCACCAGGCUACAGCCGCCCGGGCCACGUCCAGGUUGGGCGUGUGUACCUCAUCUACGGCAAUGACCUGGGCCUGCCCCCCGUCGACUUGGACCUAGACAAGGAGGCCCACAGGAUCCUCGAGGGCUUCCAGCCCUCAGGUCGGUUUGGCUCGGCCUUGGCCGUGUUGGACUUUAACAAGGACGGCGUUCCUGACCUGGCCGUGGGAGCGCCCUCGGUGGACUCCGAGCGUCUCACGUACAAGGGUGCAGUGUACGUCUACUUUGGUUCCAAACGAGGAAGAAUGUCGUCUUCCCCUAACGUCACCAUCUCUUGCCAGGCCGUCUACUGUAACUUGGGCUGGACGCUCUUGGCUGCAGAUAUGAAUGGAGACAGCGAGCCGGAUCUGGUGAUCGGCUCCCCUUUUGCGCCGGGUGGAGGGAAGCAGAAGGGAAUGGUGGCUGCGUUUUACUCUGACCCCGGCCGGAGCAACAAAGAGAAGCUGAGCGUGGAGGCAGCCGACUGGACGGUGAGCGGUGAGGAGGACUUCGCCUGGUUUGGGUACUCCCUCCACAGCGUCGGUGUGGACAACAGAACCUUGCUGCUGGUUGGGAGCCCGACCUGGAGGAACGCCAGCAGGCUGGGCCACGUGUUCCGCAGCCGCGACGAGAAUAAGAGCCUUGGCAGGGUGUACGGCUACUUCCCCCCAAGCUGCCAGAGCUGGUUUACCAUUUCUGGAGACAAGGCCAUGGGGAAGCUGGGCGCUUCCCUGUCCAGUGGCCGCGUGAUGGUGAACGGGAGGCUGGCGCAGGUGCUGCUGGUCGGGGCCCCGACUCACGAUGACGUGUCUAAAAUGGCUUUCCUGACCGUGACCUUGCAUCAAGGUGGAAGGACUCGGAUGUAUGCGCUCACACCAGACACACAGCCCCAGCUGCUCAGCACCUUCAGUGGAGACCGCCGCUUCUCGCGAUUUGGUGGAGUUCUGCACUUGAGUGACCUCGAUAAUGAUGGCUUAGAUGAAAUCAUCAUGGCAGCCCCACUGAGGAUUUCAGAUAUAACCUCUGGACUGAUUGGGGGAGAAGAUGGCCGAGUUUAUGUGUAUAAUGGCACACAGACCACCAUUGGUGACAUAACAGGCAAAUGCAAAUCAUGGAUAACUCCAUGUCCAGAAGAAAAGGCUGAAUAUGUAUUGAUUUCUCCAGAAGCAAGCUCAAGGUUUGGGAGCUCUCUGGUCACCGUGAGGUCUAAGGAAAAGAACCAAGUUGUUGUUGCUGCUGGAAGGAGUUCUUUGGGAGCUCGACUGUCUGGGGCACUUCACGUCUACAGCCUCGGCUCAGAUUAAAGAUUUCACUCCAUUUUCCCACGCCCUUCCGUGUGCUGGGUCAUCUCGAAGAUGAGCAUUCUGGUGGACAAGGUGGCACAUCCAGUGGAGCUGUGGUACCUCCUGAAAAGAGGUGGGGUUCUUGGGAGCAGAGACAUGCACUAACAGUAAUAGUGAGAAAACAGUAGAGGAAAAAAGUAGGGGAGUGAGGGAUAACAUCACACUUCCAAAUCACUUCUGAUUUAGUCUUUUCAAUGUUUUAUAUAGUGAAGGACAAAUAUAAAAACUAAAACUUUAUCACCUGUGUCCUCAAAUGCUUUUGUAGAGACAGUAGCUCUAACAGUUGAUGUACCCAAUGGCAUAGCAAAAAGACACAGCAACACUAGUUUCACUUGGGUAAUAAUUAUUGGCAGCUCAACUUAUAUGAAGAAUUAUUUUUAAUUAAAAGGAAGGUUAUUUUUAGGUGACCAGGAAUUACUUGGCUGUAUUCAGUUAUGAGCUGAGAAGUUUAAGUGUAGAACAAAUGCUGAUGAUAUGUGACACUGCAUUUUAGUAAAGGUAUGUUUUUCUCAGUACUGGAUUUUUUCAUUAGAUGGACGCAUACUUUCAUAUUGCCAUUACCAUAAAGUCCAUGUUUUAGUGCUUUAAAAUGAUAGGGCCUGUGUUUAAACAUGAUCAUUAUUUACCUCAGGAUUUAUGUUUUUCUCAAUGCCUGAACAUCCCAGAUAGCAAGAACCAGGGAGAGAAGGUUAAACUUAAAACCUAUAAAGCCAAAGGCUAAUUUUUAAGUUUACUGGAUAUUUAGCAAUACUAACCCCAUUGUCAAAAGCAACGCAAAUCACACACCUGUUAAAGGUCAACUUAUAAAAGCAAAUAUGUAAAAACCUGGCAUACAGGGAAAAAAAUUAAUAUUUGAUAAUCUAAUGUAUUAUCCCAAUAGGUGGACUAAAUUUUUAUUCUUCUAAGUAUUAAAUAUAUAGUUCUAGGCAUGGAUUCUGAAAUGCUUAAUAACUAAAAAUGGAAAUACCUUGUGUAGGCUUUUAAUUUCUUAUUAACACAAAUCUGAGCAUAACUUUAACUCAAAUUUAUCUUUAUUUCAAGAUUAUCAGAAGACAUUUACAUACUUGCAUUUUCUGUCUAUCUGUAUAUGUAACAAGGUUUCAAAAUCUCAAUUGUUUUAUGCCUUUGUAUCACAGACCUAAGAGAGACUAGAAUGACUUUAAGAGAACCUGAGAACAAAACUCAGAUCUCUGGAGUUCCCUAUUCCAUGCACCAUCCAUUAGAUCACUUCUGUAUUACUACAGUAAUGAAAGUGAAUCCUAAAUUCAAAGUAUAAAUUUAAUAUUUCAAUUCCAAAAAAUAAAGCUGUGUACAACUCUUAGAAUAACUCACUAAAAUAAAUAGUUUUUUAAUAUAAAAUUUGCUAGUAGCUAUUUAUCACAGUCUGUGUUUAUGAAGAAUAAACCUUUUGCCAACUAAAAAUAUAUACCAAAAAAUUAGCUGGGCAUGGUGGCACAUGCCUGUAGUCCCAGCUAUCCGGGAGG